AUGGCAUUUUUUGAGGCUGAUUUUGAUUUCUUUGAUUUCUUCUCUCCUCGUUAUCGCCCAAUCUUCUCUAGGGCUUACUACUGUGCUUAUGGCCAACAUCAUCAUCAUCACCACCACCAUUACCCUUAUUCACCCCUCCCUCCGUUCCCCACAUAUUCACCAUACUCACCAUACUCACCGUUACCGCCGACACGAGUAACACCACCUGUGAUACCCCCACUGCCGCUUGCCAGACCCCAAUCCGCCGAUCAAGAUUAUUGGACUGGUAGUCCCCGCGCUAGAACUAUAUUAACACCCGCUGCUCUCCGCCCAAACAAUCAGUCGAAGCCGAAGAAAGUGAAACCUAAACGGGAGAAAGAGUUAUACGUCGCCCCUGUUAGACCACCACUUCCUGCUCCUCCGCAUAAUGUUUGGUUUUAUUCUACGCCUCCUCCUGCUUCUCCGUGGGCACCGGCGCCGUAUGCGUGGACAACGACGAUUUCGACGCCGGGUUCUGGGUAUGCGGUGCAUGUUGAGUUGAAGCCGGAAUGA